CAAACGCUUUUCGCGCCAUCACAAAGUCGGAACGUUUGGAAAAGUUUUCAGUUUUCAUUUAACAGUCGAGCGGCGAGCAUGAACCCGGUUUUGGGUAACCCCAGCAACCGUUAGAUCCAAAUAAAUAUUUUCCGAUUGUCAACAAGCCGCGAGUUGCCAAGUGUUAUAAAUAAUACAAGUGCCUUACUCGCAAAAAAAAGAGUCCAUACAUUGGAUUGGCAAGAUGGCCUGCUCCACAAACGUUUCGAAGGGGUUUGCCCUCUUCUGGGAUAUUAUCCUCGCCCUUUUCGGCCUGGUUCUGAUUGGCCUUGGCGUGCACAUCUACAAAAUCGAGCACUUCGAGGUGGACGGCUACGUCAUCAUCGCGGUGGGCGCGGUCGUCGCUCUGACCGCCCUUUUCGGGGCUCUGGGAGCAGCGCGGGAGAGCAGCGCCGCAUCGAAGGUGUUCGUUGUUAUUCUGAUUAUCCUGGUCGUACUGGAAGUUUUAGUAGUUGCUUUCCUGUGGGUUUUCCAAACCUCGCUGCUGAUUAACUUGGACAAAACGUUCGACGAUCUGUGGAACGACCAGCCCGUGCCAAUCAAGCCUGGGAACCAGAGUCAGAUUGCCAGCCUCGAGCGAUGGUUGGAUUGCUGCGGCAAUGUGGGUCCGUCGGACUACAUUCUGCCGCCGAAUAGCUGCUACAACGGCGAGAGUGACAAACUGAAUCUGGAAGGAUGCCGGCAAAAGUUCCUGGACGUGAUCGCCGAUUCCUGGACGACAUUUAACCUGGUUUCCUUGGUGCUAUUGGGCUUGGAGAUCAUUUGCGCCCUGUUGGCCUAUGUCCUGGCCAAUAGCAUCGUGAACCGCUGGCGACGCUCCAAGUACUAUCAAAAAUAGGCUCACGUACGGUUUUUGAAGUGGCGGCAUUUCGAACAUUUAAGUUUAAGUUGUGCAUACUUAAGCCAAAGAACUCUCCAUAGAAAUACUUAAGCCGAAACAAAUUUACUUAAGCCAUGCAAGCCGAAAGCAGUGCGUUGAUGGUAUUCUGUUUAUCAGUUGGGAUAACUGUAGUGUUGAAGCGGCUUCUACUCCGCUUACAAUGUAAUUUAAUCUACACUAAGCUCGACCUAAGCCACACAUUUUUUGUAACAGCCAAGUCAAAUAAAGAAUCUGGCCGAAGAGCCAAAGAUCCGACA